AUGUCGAGCGCAAGAAGAGUUCGUUGGACUCAACAUGAUUCUGAUAUUGAACAACAGCAGCUAGAGCAGCAGCAGCUGGAGCAGCAACAACAACAGCAACAUCAGCAGCAGGCAGUAAACGCUCUCUAUCCCAACAAUUCUUCUACACCAUGGCCCUUCAUCACUACUAAUUUCACUACACCGAUGCCUCAGAAUCCUUAUCAAGAUGAAGAUGAUUAUAGCGAUGAGGAAGACCAAAGUAACAGUGACGAAGACGAUGAGACAGCAUUCAAUCAGUUAUACGUUCGCAAUCAAGCAUUUACCAACGUAGCUCCCGAAAUUACACACGAGCGACUAGAAUGGCAACAAAUGUUACAAUCUGUCUUGUUGGGCGAAGUCAUCAAAUCUGAAAAGAAGAGGCUAUCCAGCUCUGAUAAGUUUACACAGGAGAAACCCACACAAGAGAUUUGGCUCUCACUGCGCGCCUUGCUUCGAGGAAGAACCAUGCUCCAAGAACAAAAGUCGCUGGAUGACAGUCGUAAAGAGAUCGAAGGUGUUCUCAAAAUGGUGAUGGAGUUCAAGAUUGAGGAGGACGAAGGAGAGACAGCUCUCCGAAAAGUGGCCGAAGUGUUGAAAAAUAUCGAUCGCAUUGAAUCCCUUUAUACAACUCGUGCAGAGAUGAUCUUGGCUCAUCCAGAAUAUGGGUCCAUUGAAUUUCAAACGAGAUUAGAUGCCUUGAACUCUUGGUGCACUGUUACUCGCAGUUUGAGCAUGCAAUACAAGAUCUUGAGAAACUGGACAGGCUCAGAGGAUCUGCAAAUCGCUCGAAGAAAGUCAGACGAGGACACAACUGAUGGGGCAUCAGCCGACGCUACAGCAGCGAUCACAGACACCAGCAAAAGCAACAAGGAAGAUCCUCGCAACAAUACCUCAUUUGUAGAGCGACUUUUGAAAGAGUCAGCACUACAAGAUACCUUUGAUAAACGUACGCUCUCAGCGUUGAAUUCUCUGCUGAUGAAGUCGAAAGAAACUCUGAUAUACAACUCUGCUCAGUUCAAGGAAAUGAACCUACCGUCAUUCAUCUCACAGCUGCGGCGAUUAGCUUAUUUUCCAAUUUCACUCGUUGAAGAGGCUUUGAAGCUACGUUUGGAGAACAAGAGUCGAAUGCAAGAACCACCCAAGCAGAUGGUGGAUACCAUGAUGGAGGAUUACCGCGGCCUGCUUUCUCUGGCAUGCCGAGUGAAGCGAGAGUAUCAAGAAUUAACCCACACAGCUCCGGGCUGGAAACUAGACGAAGACGAGCCAGUGGAUCACAACUACGAUAACGUCCUGAUGGAAUCUGUCCGCUUCUAUUUUAAGUUGAUUAGCUGGAAGUUGAACCUCGAAAAGGAAAACAACCUUAGGGAAAAGGAAGUGAUGGAGAAAGAGUGGGCAUUCUUACAGGAGACAGUCUGUCAGGCUGUCGAUAAGGCUGAUUGGGAGUGCGCAGAGCAAUUCUGUUCCUUGACGAAUCGCUUAUUGGCUGAUGUGAUGCAUGAUUAUAUAUCCAGACUCAAAAUAUCGCCAGAAUCAGUGGAUGGUGGCAUCGAAGUCAAGUACACCAAGCUGCUACAUACUAUGCGUAUGAGAGCAAGAAAACUGCUCCAAUUUGCGAGAUUCUUCAUGAGCCAGUUUGAAAAUGCUGCUGAAUAUGUCGUUGACACUGAAAAUAUGGACAAAUUCAUUACAUGCCUUGUUGAAACAGGCCAUUUCUUGGUGUAUACUGGCGCAUUUGAAGAGGACAGAAUCUAUAUUAUUGCAUCGCCCUCGCUGUAUGGACGAGAAGAUGUCAUUCAGACGUUAAUACGAGCCUGCUUUGCUAACAACAAGCAACCUCAGCCAUCCACACCGCUGACACCCAGCGAUUUGAACAUUCACAGUGAAUACGACGACUACAUCCUCAUCUUUUCACCAUGGCAAAACAUCAUGUGGACAGGUGAAGUGGUCGAGGUGCCUACGCCUUUCAUUCAUUUAGGCAUCAAGACUAGACGAGUGAGACUCACUACAGGAGACGCUCAAAAGCUUGCUUCUGCUAAGGCCGCUUUCUGGACGGCUGUACAACAUUCAGGCAUUGAAAUCAUUCAAGAGCACCGGGCUCAUAUCCCCAGGAUCAAUAAAGAACUGUACAAGAUCAAAAUGACGGUGUUUAAGCUGGCUGAUUCAACCAUCUCUAGUGUCAGCACCAUUCGCGAUCAAACCAUUGGCUUAGGCUGUCAAGAACUGGUGGAAGAAUGCUUUAGUUUUGCCAGUGAUUUUGGUAUCCGUGCCUCCAAAUUCUUGGAAUUGGCUGUCCGCCUGCAACUGGAUCUCAAGCUGGUUCGACUUGCUAUUGACUGGAUUUGCUUCAUCACAGACGACUGUAUACCGUCAGACAGAAAGACCUUCCGCUGGGCUGUAGCUGCUCUGGAAUUUGUGCAUCUGAUGACUCGAGGCGUCAACAUUUUGGCACUGAACGAGAACGAGUUUGCUACACUGCAGAGCAAAGUAGCCCGCUGUGUUGCACUGCUUAUAUCUCACUUUGAUGUGCUUGGUACAAGAUACACGUACGAACUGCAAUUGAAGGAAGACCAGCAACGUCGCCGUGGAUUGACUGCAAAGCGCAAUUCCUACAUGACAUCCAAGAAUACGGAAAAGGACAACAUUACAACAAGCUCGACAUUUGGUGCUGCUAAUGAUGCUGCCAGUACGGGUGGUGGUGGCGUGAUCUAUAUUCGUGACGCCUGGAUGCGCAAAAUCUCUGAAAUCGAGUCAAAACGUACUGAAGACGAGCAAGAGCGUAAAAUUAUUGGUAAAAUCUUGGAUGACCAGAAACCAGAAGAUCAAUCCCUCAUGUUCUUGGCUCCAUCUUCCUCGAACAUCUCCUUCAGUUGGCAGCAAGGUCGAUUCAUUGGUGCGGGUACCUUUGGUUCGGUGUAUUUGGCUAUCAAUUUGGACACGUCCACCGUCAUGGCUGUCAAAGAGAUUCGUUUCCCCGACUCUAGUUCUCUAUCUGCAUUGCACAAGUCUAUCAAGGAGGAAAUGUCGGUCAUGGAGAUGCUUCAACAUAGAAAUAUCGUACAAUAUUACGGCAUGGAAGUACAUCGUGAUCGUGUGUACAUCUUUAUGGAAUACUGUGAAAACGGUAGUUUAGGCGCUCUCUUGGAUCAUGGCGGACGCAUAGAAGAUGAAGUCUAUGUCGUCGACUAUGCCUAUCAAUUGCUGAGCGGUUUAGCUUAUCUGCAUGGAAACAACGUUGUGCAUCGUGAUAUCAAACCUGACAAUAUUCUUAUUGAUUACCAAGGUCAGUUAAAGCUCACUGAUUUUGGUGCAUCAAAGAUCCUGGUCAAGGGGCAAAAGACAAUGGGCCGUGCCACAAUGAACAUGCAUGUAGGCAGUCUGGCAGGUACGCCCAUGUACAUGGCUCCUGAAGUCAUUACAGGCAGUGAUACGGGUAGAAAGGGUUCCAUGGAUAUCUGGUCUUUGGGUUGCUGUAUUGUGCAGAUGGCUACAGGCCGACGACCAUGGAGUACGCUGGAGAAUGAAUGGUCUGUUAUGUACCACGUUGUGACCGGCCAUCCGCCAUUACCAGACGCUUCUCAACUUUCGAGCCCAGGCAUCGAUUUCCUCAAAAAGUGCUUCGUGCGCGAUCCCAACAAGAGACCUUCUGCGGAAGAACUGCUAAAUCAUCCAUGGAUCACAAGCUACCUUGAAAGUUAUAGUGAAGAGACUCAGUUGCCUCCACCUCAAGAAGGAGAAAAUGGCGAUGUGCUUGCGGACAGCCAUCAUUGGGUAGACGAGGAAGGCGCAGGAGGAGAUAGCCAAACGCGAUCAAUCAAUGGUGAUGAAAUGCCGCCCAUGAUGAGAUCUUUUAAGCACAAAGAAUAA